CUCAGUUCUUGCAUUCCUAGUUGGGAAACAUUUACAGAGAGAGAGAGAGUGAGAGAGGAAGAGAGAGAGGGAGGGAUAAAGAGCUCACCGUGGGGAAGGGCUUCUUUACCCCUCUCUCUCUCCAAAACCCUAAUCCUUGGGUUUCUAGCGAAAUCGAUCCCUGACGCAGGCAGGUAGCCAUUUGAUCGACGUAGGGGAGGCGACGGCCAGCUCUUCCUAGGGUUUUCGGCGAGAGAUCUUUCAAGCUAUCGGCGUCUUUCUUCUUGUUCGUGUUGUCGCUGCUGAGUGGUAGAAAACAGCUAGGGAAACUAGGGUUUUGAUGUUUGUCUAAGACGCGGUUUCCAAAGCUUGGUGUGCUUAGACGGCUUUUGCUAGUAUUAAGCUCAGAAUGGCACCGAAACCACAAAUAACUAAAGCUCUGGAUGCGAUGAAGGACAUUGGCAUUCCUGUGCAUACAACGAAACGAGUGUUGAAGAAGCUUUUGCAAGUGUAUGAGAACAAUUGGGAGUAUAUCGAAGCUGAGAACUACAGGGUUCUUGCAGAUGCUAUUCUUGACUUGCAGGAGUCCAAGGAUAAUGAUACAGUUAAUAAGGAAAGUGAUCCACCGGAGUUGCAAAAUGAUAUUGAUGUUGGCAGUAAGAGAAAAGUAUCUACAUCAAGUGAUGAGCCUGAGAAUUAUAGGAAAAAGCUUAGAACGAUGCAGGAGGAGCAAGGCCCUUCAACUUUAGUCCAUAAUUCUGAAAUACAUGCUUACAAGAGGCAAAAAAGAGAAGAUAUUUCACCUGAUUUACGUACUGUUCAGCAACAGGUGAAGCCAGUUUCACAUCGGACAAAUCAAAGAGCCACCAAGCUUCCAUCAUCCGAGCCUUCUUCUGCAGAGAGGACUGACGUUGCGCCACCUCCACAUCCUAUGAGAUCCAAAAGGCCUGGGCAAGCAUCAUCUCAGGAAAUCUCUGGAGUGUCAAGGGCUUUGACGCUUGCACAUAACAGUCCUGGCCAGAGAAAUGCAGUGUCCAGUUCACUUCUGACCUAUCAGAGAGAUAAGCACCCAGUGAAUAAGAGAAUGGAAGACUUGGUCUGUUAUAAAGAACCUAGGGUCAAAUCUGGCACAGAGAUCUUGCCAGCACAUGGAACUCAUGACUAUCAUUCUGCCGCAGCUAGACAGAUAGGCGAGCCAACUUGUGGUCAGUCUGCGGAAUUUGAGGUUCCUCUUGCAAUGAUAUGCCCUCCUGACUCAGUUCCUGCCAUAGAUAAAGAUCAUCGAGGGCAUCCAUGCUUGGAUGGUUCUUCAAAGCGAAAUGGCUGUGCUCCACAAACAAAGGCAUCUAAGGCACUCGCAACACAACAUGCAGAUAGAAGGGGAAAGAGAGCUGUCACAGAUGCUGUAGGCAACAGCAUAAGCCCCUCCGACCUUGUAAGUGUUCAAGAGAAGUCUUCCACCAAUGUUGAGAUAGCUUCCUCAGUUAUGGGUGAAGUCAAGCUUUCAUUUACAUGUGACACUGGCGCACUUGGCCGCUCAGAUUUCCAUAUGCCAAGCAUAGAGGCUUUAUGCAAGAUGGUAGAGGAUAAAUGUUUAAGAUCCUACAAGAUUCUUGAUCUGAAUUUCUCCCUUAUGAAUAUCAUGAAAGAAAUGUGCCAGUGUUUUCUGGAGUUGGGUUCUGAAUCCAGAGAAGAUGGAGAGGAAGACAUCAUACGCAUAGUUCCUAGUCUUGAGUCGCUAAAAAGAUCUGGUAUCCGACAUAUGUUGGGGAGCCUGCCUGCAUGUUUUUCAGAGGGCUCAAAUGGUCACCAAUCAAAUGUGAAAGUUCAUGAGAAUAAUGAAAAUGCAUGGGCAAAGAAGAAAAUUGGAGAGUGCUCAAAUAUCAGUUCACGAAGUUUGGUCCUGGUACCACAGCCAGAGAUUGCACUCGGUGAUUUAAGACCAGCCCAUGAUGUAAAUGAUGUAACCAAAGGUGAAGAAAGAGUUAGAAUCUCCAUAGUGAAUGAAGCCAACAAUGAGCAAUAUCCGCCAUCUUUUUACUACAUACCACAUAAUAUUGUUUAUCAAAAUGCAUAUAUAAAUCUUUCACUUGCUCGAAUUGGGGAUGAAAAUUGUUGUUCGGAUUGUUUUGGUGAUUGUUUGGCAACAAAAAUCCCUUGUCCGUGUGCAAGAGAAACUGGAGGUGAGUUUGCCUAUACAAGGGAUGGCCUACUGAGAAAGGAUUUUCUGGAUGCAUGUAUUGCAAUGCAUUGUGCCCCCCAGAAACAUCAUUACUUUUACUGUAAAGACUGCCCUCUAGAAAGGUCAAAGAAUGAGGUCAGUCCUGAUCCAUGUAAGGGACAUUUACUCAGAAAGUUCAUUAAGGAAUGCUGGAGUAAGUGUGGGUGCAAUAAAGAAUGUGGAAAUCGAGUAGUUCAGCGAGGCAUAAGAUGCAAUCUUCAGGUGUUUUUUACCGGUCAAAGGAAGGGGUGGGGACUUCGUACACUUGAUGAACUGCCUAGAGGCACAUUUGUAUGUGAAUAUGUUGGGGAAAUACUGACAAACAUGGAGUUGUAUGAUCGAACCAUUCAGACCACUGGUACUGCGAAACAUACAUAUCCAGUGCUACUGGAUGCAGAUUGGGGCACUGAAGGAGUUCUAAAGGAUGAAGAAGCCCUUUGUUUGGAUGCCACAUUUUAUGGAAACGUGGCAAGAUUUAUUAAUCACAGAUGCUUUGAUGCAAACCUGAUUGGAAUACCAGUUGAAGUGGAGACUCCUGAUCACCAUUAUUACCAUCUAGCUUUUUUCACAACCAGGAAAAUAGAAGUUCUUGAGGAAUUAACCUGGGACUAUGGAAUUGAUUUUGAUGAUCACACUCACCCAGUCAAGGCAUUUAAAUGUCGUUGUGGAAGCAAAUUUUGCCGAGACAUGAGAAAUGUUUUCAAAACCAGAUCAAGUGCAUUAGUUUUGCGAUGAGCCAAUGGAGAUCCAUCAAAGCAUCCAACAAGGUAGAGUUUGCUGACGCUGUUUUAUCGUCAAAAGGGAACAGGUAAAGUGGAGCAAACAAGCUGGUUUUGUUUUAGUUGUCAUGCCUUUCAGGAUAUAAGAGUAAAUUUUGCUUUGUGGCUGGAAUUACCUAUGUGGGGAACAUUCAUUGUGGUAGUUAUUUUGGUUGCAUAGAUAUUUGGGUUAAUGUUUAUUGGAGGAGUUUUUUUUUUGUGGCCAACCGUUUGCUCUUGGUGACAGAUGUUGUCACCAAUGACAGUUCAAAGAACCAUUUAUAUUACCAACAUCAGCUUUCAUCAGACUCCAGUUUUUACAAUGAAAGACACUUCUAUGUGGACAUGAAUCGUGGUAUGUUAGAAGAUUGUUUGAACUGUUUAAUGUUAAUCAAUAUGUCAGUGUUAAGCGGCAGAUUGUGUGGAA